GCUCCCCGCACCGUGCACGCGCCGCCGCCUUUCUGAGCUUUUCCAGAAGAUGUCGGGAGCCAUCUUCGUGCCCCUGGAGGGCCUGGGGGCCCCGGACGCCGCGAGCGGCCACCCGCUGGUGUGCCCGCUGUGCCACGCACAGUUCGAGCGCCCGUGCCUGCUGGACUGCUUCCACGACUUUUGUGCCGGCUGCCUGCGGGGCCGCGCCACCGACGGCCGCCUCGCCUGCCCGCUGUGCCAACACCAGACGGUGGUGAAGGGCCCCAGCGGGCUCCCUCCUGUGGAUCGGCUGCUGCAGUUCCUGGUGGACAGCUCAGGGAAUGGCAUGGAGGUGGUGCAGUGUGCCAACUGCGACCUGGAGUGCGGCAAGCAGGACGCAGAGACCACGUACUUCUGCAACACGUGUGGGCAGCCGCUGUGUGCACGCUGCCGCGAUGAGACGCACCGGGCACGCAUGUUCGCGCGCGACAUCGUGGCCCUGGGCCAGCGCAGCCGCGACGUGCUCCAGAAGUGCACGCUGCACGCCGAGCCCUACAUCAUGUUCUCCACCGACAAGAAGUCGCUGCUGUGCAUCCGCUGCUUCCGGGACAUGCAGGGAGCCGGCGCACUGCGUGACCUCGAGUCAGCCUACGUGCAGGGCUGCGAGCGGCUGGAGCAGGCGGUGCUGCCGCCCUGUUCCCAGGCCGUGAAGGCCCUGCAGACGGCCACACGGGAGGCCAUCGCGCAGCUGCAGGCGAUGGUGGAGGAGGUGCGGCGCAGCGCGGCGGAGGAGGAGGCCGCCAUUCAUGCCCUCUUCGGCAGCAUGCAGGACAAACUGGCCGAGAGGAAAGCAUUCUUGCUGCAGGCGGUGCAGAGCCAAUACGAAGAGAAGGACAAGGCCUUCAAGGAGCAGCUCUCCCACCUGGCCACUCUCUUGCCCACCCUGCAGGUUCACCUGGUCAACUGAUCCUUCCUCAGCCUGGCCAAUAAGGCUGAGUUCCUGGACCUGGGCUAUGUGACGCCCUCCUCCCGCUGCAGGAGCUGUUUGGAGAGGCUGCAGGGCAUCGUCACGCGGCCGCAGCGCCUCCGGCCAGCGCAGAAUAGCAAGGUGCGGGCGACUACCCGCGCCGAGUUCGCGCGCUGCCUGGAGCCGCUGCUGCUGCUGGGGCCGCGCCGGGCGCCGGUGCCGGGGCCGCCCCCACACGUGAGCAGCUGGGGGCGCCCUCCCUGCCGCCUGUGGGGCCGCGACACGCCUGGAGAAGGGGAGACCCUCCCAACCCCCCACAUCUGCAUCCACACUGGCUCUCUCCCCCUCAGGCUAGCAGCGGGCUCAGGCCCCAACGUGCUGAUGGGGCCCAGCUGCCCUUCCCCAGCGGGAAAGAUGCUGGGGUCACUAAUCCAAAAGCCCACGCUGCACCGGUCCAUCAGCACCAAGGUGCUGCUGGCCGAGGGUGAGGAUACACCCUUUGUGGAGCACUGCCGCCACUAUGAGGACUCCUACCGGAGCCUGCAGGCAGAGAUGCAGAACUUGAAAGACCAGGUACAGGAACUGCACCGGGACCUCACCAAACACCACUCGCUCAUCAAGGCGGAGAUCAUGGGAGACAUCCUGCACAAGUCCGCACAGGUGGACGCGCAGAUCGCCUUGGAGUACGCCUCCCUGGAGGGGAUGAGAGCGGUCUUCCAGGAGAUUUGGGAGGAAUCCUACCAGCGGGUAGCUAACGAGCAGGAGAUCUACGAAGCCCAGCUCCGUGACCUUCUCCAGCUGAAGCAGGAGAAUGCCUACCUGACCAGCAUCACCAAGCAGAUCACGCCCUACGUCCGCUCCAUUGCCAAGGUGAAGGAGCGACUGGAGCCCAGGCUUCAGGUGCCCGCAGGGGAACAGCUGGACCACCUACAGAACACACACGAGGAGGACGUCAGUGCUGAGACCCAGGCCAGGAAUGACCCGGUGAGUGUCGCAGAGAAGACAGAGAAGACGUCAGAACCCAGAGGGAACCGCCGGACUCCAAACAGCCUCAAAGAAGAGCCUCCACUGAAAAAAGACCCUCAUAGACCCAAACCGAAAAAACGGGGCGAGGGCCCAACACAGAGAGAGCGCCCGACUUAGCAAACGGGACUGGUCCGGAGGGGUGGGCAUUCACAGCACGAGGGUCAAGACUGGGAUAUUUAAGAAAGGUUAUUCCCACCAGGUAUGU